CUCUGCCCGUAUUACUCUCAAUUCUCAAUUCCCAAGUCCCAACGACUUCAAUCCUCGGCAAGUUGAAUCGGUGCGCGGAUGGAGGCGGCUGUCGGCGCGGCGAGCUCGCUCCUUGGCAAAGUGCUCACGAAGCUGUCCGAAGACCUGGUGGCCGCGUAUGUCGACAGCCUCGAGCUCGGCCACAACUCCGAGCAGAUCCAAACCAAGCUGAUGCACACACAAGGGCUGCUGCAACUGGCCGAGGGGAGGGACGCGAGCAACGUUACUGCCCUGCCGGCCUUGUUGGAGAAGCUGAGCAACAAGGCCGACGAGGCGGAGGACUUGCUGGAUGAGCUCCACUACUUCACGAUCCAGGACCAGCUCGACGGCACCCACUAUGCUGCGCCGGAUCUCGGCGAUGGCCUCCGCGGCCAUGCUCGCCAUGGUCUCCAUGCUCUUCGCUACACUAUUGGUAACUGGUUUCCAUGCUUUUCUUGCUCACGUGCGCAAGAUGAUGAUUCUGCUCCUACCGCUGUUGCCAAUAGCCCACACCACUAUGCAACCAACUCUGCUACUGCUAGUGCUGAUGAUGGCGGCCAUGUCGAUAGGUUACAUUUCGACAGAGUGGCCAUGUCCAGCAAAAUCAAGUCAGUGAUAAAUGACAUACACUCCCUAUGUGAUCCCGUCUCCGAUUUGCUUAGCAAAAUUCCAAGCAACAGCACAGCUGUCACCUUAACACGGCCUCACAUAGGAUCAACAAUUAUACAGGAUAAAUUGUAUGGGAGAAAAGAUAUUUUUGAGAAAAUUGUUGAUGAUAUCACAAGUGGCACACAUCAAGGUCAAACUGUUUCUGUUCUUCCUAUAGUUGGCCCAGGGGGUAUUGGAAAGACAACUUUCACCCAACACCUGUAUAAUGAUAGUAGGACCCAAGUGCACUUCACUGUUAUGGUUUGGAUGUGUGUAUCUACUGAUUUUGAUGUGUUGAAACUCACCCAGCAGAUCCAUAACUGCAUACCUCCAACUGAAAAUGAAACUGCAAGUGAAACAGCCAAUCUAGACCAGCUUCAGAAAUCCAUUGCACAGAGACUUAAGUCCAAAAGGUUCUUAAUUGUCUUGGAUGAUAUAUGGAAAUGCAAUAGUGAGGACGAGUGGAAAACCCUGCUAGCCCCAUUCACAAAGGGGGAAGCCAAAGGCAGCAUGGUCCUUGUCACAACUCGAUUCCCAAAACUAGCAGGAAUGAUGAAAACAAUUAAUCCAGUAGAGCUGCAAGGCUUGGAGUCUAAUGACUUUUUCACAUUCUUUGAAUCAUGUAUAUUUGGUGAACAUAAGCCUAGGGAUUAUGAAGAUGAGUUAGGUGGUAUUGCAAGAGAAAUUGCAAGAAAGUUAAAAGGCUCCCCACUAGCAGCCAAAACAGUUGGUCGACUAUUGAAGAAAAAUCUUUCCCGGGAACAUUGGAAUGGAGUUCUUCACAAUCAUGAGUGGCAAAACCAGAAAAAUUAUGAUGACAUCAUACCAUCUUUGAAAAUUAGCUACCAUUACCUUCCUUUCCAUCUGAAAAAAUGCUUCUCAUACUGUGCCCUUUAUCCUGAAGAUUAUAGGUUUAGCGAUUCAGAAAUUAAUCGUUUUGGGAUUGCAAUAGGUAUCAUUGAUUCUAGCCACCCAAGCGAUAAUGAUUACAUGGAAGGUCUGGUGGAAAAUGGUUUUCUCAUGAAGGGGGUUAUUGAUGAUCAUCCAUACUAUGUAAUGCAUGAUUUAAUGCAUGAACUAUCUCGGAGUGUCUCUGCACAAGAAUGCCUAAAUAUAAGUGAUCUGGAUUUUAGAGCUGAGGCCAUCCCACAAUCUAUUCGGCACAUAUCCAUCACCAUAGAGAAUAGAUAUGAUGAAAAUUUUAGGGAAGAAAUGGGUAAACUAAAGGGAAGGAUAGACAUUGUAAAUCUACGGACAUUGAUGAUUUUUAGAAAAUAUGAAGAAAGAAUCAUUGAGAUCUUAAAAGAUACAUUUAUGGAAACAAAAGGCUUGCGCGUCCUAUUUAUAGCAGUGACGUCCCUUGAAUCUCUACCACAAAGGUUUUCAAAACUUAUCCACCUCCAGUACCUCCAAAUUCGAUCACCCUAUGGCACAGAAAUGACUUUACCUAGUACACUAUCCAGAUUUUAUCACUUGAAAUUCUUGGACCUAAUUAGUUGGCAUGGAAGUCCUAACUUGCCUAAAGACAUUGGUCGUCUUGUAAAUUUACGCGAUUUCUUCGCUAGAAAAGAACUCCACUCCAAUGUUCCUGAGGCUGGAAAGAUGAAGUAUCUGCGGGAGCUAAAAGAAUUCCAUGUGAAGAAAGGAAGUGUUGGAUUUGAUUUAAGAGAGUUGGGGGAAUUGAGAGAGCUUGGGGGAGCACUCAGUAUACAUAAUCUUGAAAAUGUGGCAACCAAGGAAGAAGCUAGUAGCGCUAAAUUGGCGUUGAAAAGUGAUUUGAAAGAGUUGACGUUAGUUUGGGGCAGAGAGCAUCCGACUUAUACAGAUGCUGAUAUUCUUGAUGCUCUUCAACCACACUCUAACCUUACAACACUUGGCAUUAUAAAUCAAGGUGGUAACACCUGGCCUAGUUGGUUGUGUCCUGACACACGGGUGAACAAUUUAGAGACUCUCCAUUUACACGGCGUGUCAUGGGGAAUCCUUCCACCUUUUGGGCAGCUACCAUAUCUCAGGGAACUCAGCUUGAAGAGCAUUUCUGGACUGCGUCAGUUUGGUCCUGACUAUGGUGGUGUUAGAGGCAAAUGUCUUGUGCGGUUGAAGAAAGUUUUGUUUCAUGACUUGUCUGAUCUUGUCCGGUGGGUUGUGGAACCUAAUUGCCAUAUGUUUCCUAGUCUUGAAAGCAUCGAUUGCAGAAAUUGUGCCAAUCUAUGUGUAUUGCCCUUCUCAGAGUGGUCUUGUACCAAUUUGUGCAUGCUUUACGUUGAUGGUUGCCCCAAGUUGUGUCUGCCCCCCAUGCCUCACACCUCCACCCUAACAUGUUUUUCUAUUCGAAAUGGCUCGGAAAUGUUUUCUUACCAUGAAAAUAAAAUGGUUGUUACAAAGUAUGCCAGUGCUUUGGCCUUCCACAAUCUGGGUGAAGUAGAGGAUAUGCGUAUUGAAGAUGUAUCACACAUUUCGUGGACAGACCUCGAAAAGCUCAAAUCCUUGAGAAAACUAGCUGUCGGAAGGUGCGACGGCAUGUUCUGCGGAGAACUGGAUGGCAGUGUUGUCUUCCAUAACAUGGAUAAAGUUGAGAGUCUCAGUGUAGAUGUGUCUCAGCUUACCGGGAAAUUGCUGUCAAAAGUGUUCAAUAGUUGCCCAGCCCUUGCUGAAUUGGAGAUAAAUUCUCGAGAUGAAUACCAGGAGGAAAGAGUAAUACAGUUUCCAUCGUCCAGCUCACUGCAGGCACUGAACUUCAGUUUCUUGGCAGGCCUGGUUCUUCUGCCUGCGGAGGAUGGAGGGGGACUCCAGGACACCACGUCGCUCCAGUCAUUAAAUAUAAUGCUUUGCGACAGGUUGUUUUCUCGGUGGCCCAUGGGAGCUCCGAUGACCAAUCCUUUCCCUGCUUCCCUCAGAAAGCUUGAUAUUUGGGGAGAGUCAAGCAUUUGGUCAAUGGCUCUGCUCUCAAACCUCACGUCUCUCACCCAUCUAAAGCUAAUAAUGUGCGAUAAGUUAACUGUGGAUGGGUUCAAUCCUCUCAUCACAGUCAACCUCAAGGAAUUGGAGGUACGGAACCUGAGCGGCAACUCUGUGGCUGCGGAUCUGCUGUCAGAGGUGGCAAUGGCCAAAAUAAUGCAAGAGGGUUCCUUCCAGUUGGAGAAACUGAAGGUGGAUAGCAUCUCGGCGGUGCUUGUUGCUCCCAUUUGCAACCACCUCUCCGCCACCCUCCAUGAGUUAGUAUUCUCUAAUGAUAUGCGGGAAAAAGGCUUCACGGAAGAGCAAGAGAAUGCACUCCAGCUCCUCACCUCCCUCCGGACACUAGGAUUUGAUCUUUGUGAGGUUCUGCAGUGCCUCCCUCAAGGAUUACAUCACCUUUCGUCUCUCAAAACAUUAAAGGUCAGUAGUUGUCCUCAACUCCGAUUACUGCCAGAGCAGGGCUUCCCCACUUCGCUGCAAUUUCUAAGUCUAGGGUAUGCUAGCGCCGAUCAAAAAGAGCAAGCUGAGAAAUUGAAAGGAACAUACCCAAAUUUACGAGUACAUAACCAAGCUUCUUAAAUCUGAUGGGUUGCCAGGCACCAUUGCUCUGCAUAUGCACGCCAAUCUGCCAGAGGCGUGGUACUUUUGUUCCGCGAAUACUUUUGAAUGGUGCAUUACAGCUUUCAUGUGCCGUAGCUGCAUAGUAGAUACUAAAUAUAAAGACUAAGGCGACAACUGAUGGACCUAUAGAUGAAUAUGUCCAUUUUUUAACAGAAUCUCAUCAGGACAGGAAGCAGGCUUGUGAAUAAUUGGACCUUUUUUUUCAAUAAAUCAGAUUGAUGCUGCAAAUUGGCCUCUAGUUCUGUUUUUAUGGAAUUAUAUCCAGCGUGCUUGCCAAUUUGGAUUGAAAAUAAGCAGCAAUACAAAGUGAAGGUGUAGGAUCCGGCUUAUUUCUCCAAUCCCUGUGAAGGAUCAACUGUAUGAACAUUCUGAAGCUGCUGAUAUUUUGCCAUGAUAAUUCACAAUAAUCAAUGAGAAGUUUUAAGACACUCCUAAACUAUUCUGGACUGUUCAGUCCUUUUGAUCCAACAGUUCAGAUUAAACAUGAUGACUAGGAGGAACAAUGCAGGUUCUGUGCUUUGCUCUCUCGGAGCAUUGGACAAUUCGCUUGUGCACUCAUUGGCCAUCUUCUUAGUGAUUGGGUAGCAUCUGUUUCAUGGGAUUAACAAUUUUGGUGGAUGAGCAUCACCGAAGUUAUAGUGAAGCUUCAUUGCCUCCAUUUCAUCCUCUGUCUUGUUACUUUAUAUGGUCAAGGAAGCGGACCUCCCUUAUUGUUGGUUUAGCCUUUUCUGAACAGCUUAAUGCUAAAACACAUUUCAAACGGUAUCAUUGUAUGGUGAUUCUUUGUUCCUGGACUUAAUCAAUGUGUGCUACCAUCAGUGUUUAUGUUCCGGCAAAGUACCUGUAGUAACCAACCGUCAUCUGGUGUGUAGUGCAUAUAAUCCACUAGCAUCCUUUACAGUUUUAGGUCCUGCAGAACAAUUACAACCAAAAAUGAGUUCCACAGUUGGCAUUCAGGACAUGGCUCUUUUAUCCAAAUAAUAACAGUAAAUGAAACAUUUGUCCUGGUAUUCUGAGUGAGCCGAACCUCGGAGCCGUGCAGUGACCAUUUAAAAGACUUCAAGACAGCCUCUUUGCAGAAAGAGGCAAGGGAAAUGCGUCUAUAAAUUCCCUUCCCUCAGAGUCCACAAUGUGUGGGAGCUUUCGGCAUUGGGUACAUCUGAAAAGUGAUGACGUGUCAUGCGUCAGAAGUGGUGUUCCUCUCAAUUUGCUCCCGGUUGACAAACCCAUACUCUGAGCGUGUUUCCAAGUCCAGCUUCCAGUCGAAGGUAUGGCACCAAGAUGAGAUCGACAAACACCAGUAGAUGAUGUGCUUAUUCUUAGGAUAUCCCAACCAGUUUAGGUGUUGUUCUAAUACUUCAUAACUAAAUGUGGCAGGAUCUAAAUAGUCCAGCACCUCCACUGAAAAGUUGUAAUAUUCCAGCUCGCUGACUGCUCCUAGGAAAAUGCCACCAUGCUCAAUUUUCAGUGUGAAAAAAGGAGUGCACACACUUUUUCUUAUUAAUGAAUCACACACUGCAUCCAAACAGUUCAAAAUACAGUUAAAACUACAAGAUGUGUUCAGUUAAAACUAAGCACCAGAUGCAACAACUCUUCUUCUCACAAGAUCUAACAAGAAAAUGUAACUUGCACACACACAAAAACACAACAACUUCUACAAUCCUAAAUAACAGAACCUAAAACCAUAAAUCAGCACCAACUCUUCUUCUCUCUUCUUCUCACCAGAGCAAGAGCAAAGCAUGAAUCAGCAGCAGCAUAUGUAAUACUAAGCAGCAACUCUUCUCACCAGAGCAAAUCAUGGAUCAGCAAACCAGAGAGGAGGAGAUCACCAGGGACAAGAGAGAACAACGAGAACUACCGUAGUCUGGGGGGUAAACAGAGUGCGGCCGGACGAGGUGGGUCGAGGCAGGCGGUUCCCGGCCGCCGAAGAACUCCGGUGACGCCAUCAGGAGAAGAAAAGCUGUCGCGCAUGAGGGAGAAGAAGGAAAGAAGAAAGAGGAAAAGCGCCGCACGAGGGAGAAGGAAAGAACAGAGACGAAAAGUUGCCGUCGUCGUUUGGAACAAGAGUUAUUAGGGUUAUUAAAUUCAGGUGUUUUCUUAGAUACCGACAACAGUCGAUUAAUAACUGAUAAAUGCAAGGGCUUGGGCGCAAAACGACCAACCCUGACCCACCCUGUCCAGUUGGCGCGCUGUGAAUGGCUGUGGACUAAAAAUGCACAAGACUUGCAAGUUAUAGGACUAAAUAGGUGCACUUUGCAAGUUGUAGGACCAAAUCAUCACAUGUGCUGCAAGUUUUACGACUUGGGGUGCUAUUACCUCCUGUAAAAUAUCUCCACUUGUGCCCUGAAAGUUCAGACUUCAAGACAGCCUCUUUGCCAGAAAGAAGCAAGGGUAAUGCGUGUAUCCCUUCCCUCAGAGUCCACAAUGUGUGGGAGCUUUCGGCAUUGGGUACAUUUGAAAAGUGAUGACGUGUCAUGCGUCAGAAGUGGUGUUCCUCUCAAUUUGCUCCCGGUUGACAAACCCAUACUCUGAGCGUGUUUCCAAGUCAGCCUCCAGUCGAAGGUAUGGCACCAAGAUGAGAUCGCCAAAGGUUGCUACUCCGUGUCGAGUGCCCACCGCAUUCAGUUUGUUGGCAGAACUAAGCCUGAGCCGAUCUGGUGUGUUAUGCAAGUUCCAUCCACGGAAUUAGUUACUGCUGCAAAGACUCCAUAAGUUUGAGUUUGCGUGUGCUGUUUUGUGCUGCGAGCACUAGAUUCCGUGUAGUGUUAGCUGUCAUUUGUGGAUCCCAUAUAGGAUUAUUUUGGUUCAA